CCACAUUGGCACAUUCCUCCCUUUCCUUUGCUUAACAAAAAUCCUUGGAAGUUUGAAACGAAACGGUGAGUUUUGUUUCUUUCUUCUCUUCAAACACGCGGUACUGAUUCUGUUUCCGAGUUUGGAUCUGCAAUUUCUGAUUUCAAUUCGAUUACUCUCUAUUGCAUCUUUACAUCACUGUUCUCAUCUUCAUAACAAUAUCGACACUCUCCACGGCGCAUUUUAAAGUGAAGCCACUACCGCCACACUGAGAUAUUCGUUUAGGUUAACUUGUCUUAAAUAGGGUAAGUGCAAACGGUGAAGUGUGGAAAUUUGUCAACUUAAACGAUGGGGUCCAAAUCGUUGAAGGAUUAUCUCAAAAGGUAUGAAAGUAACACAGAAGAAGAGAAGAAAAAUAAGAAGAAGAAGCAGAAGAAGAAAAAUCAACCACCAGCAACAGGCUUACUGGUUUUGGAUCAAGAUCCCACAUGGCAGAAACCUCUAGAUCUUAGAGAAGAAAACGAUGAUAACUCAUCAGAUGGGGAGAAGCCAAUAAUUGAUGAAGACAUUGAAGUGAAGCGUAUGAAGAGGCUUGAGCAGCUGAGGGCCAGACGUCCUUAUCAUGCUAUAUCUGAGGAUGGAAGUGGUUGGGUUUCACUGUCUUCUAAUCCUGUGAAUCCUAUUAACUUAAAUGAUGAUAUGUCUCCACCCCGUAAACAGAGGGUUCAAAAUGACACUCCUUCACCGGAACCUGAAUUAAAUCCUUCAACUUCUAAUAGAAGGGGUGCUGAUUUCUUGCCUUCUCAUCAGCGGAGGAAACGCAAUGACACUCCAUCACCUGAUUAUGGGACUUCUGAUUUGCAAGAUCUCUCUCCACCUCGACGAGGUCGUCACGAUUCUCCCUCUCAAGAUGCUUUACAUGGAUCUAGGGCAUCAGACCUUUCACCCCCCCCAAGGAAAAUUCCAAAGAAUGCUGGAAGACCAAGUUUGUCUGAUAUUGCUCACCGUCAUUCACCUCAAGAUCUCUCUCCACCUCGACGAGGUCGUCAUGAUUCUCCUUCUCAAGAUGCUCCACAUGGAUAUGCAACAUCAGAUCUUUCACCCCCAAGGAAAAUCCAGAAGAAUGUUGCAAGACUGGGUUUGUCUGAUCGUUCUCACUCUCAUUCACCCAGUACUUCAGUUAAAGUUGUUUCACAUCAGUCUUUUGAUCCUGACCUUUCUCCACCAAGGAAAAAUACUAAGGAGCUUUCCAAUCCAGCAUCGAGGAACGUUAGUAACACAGGUUUAAUUUCUGGAAAGGAUAUUAGGGACGAGAUUGACAGAAAGAAGAGGGAUGAUCUGAUGAGAUUUAAACAGAUGGACCCUAACAUCAGUGGGCGUGGUGCUGAACCUGUAUAUCGUGAUAAAAUAAGAGGAGUACGCAUUUCAAAAGAGGAAUACUUGAAGUCAAAACAGAAAGUGGAAGAAAAACCCAAGGAGAUUGAAAUAGAAUGGGGCAAGGGCUUGGCUCAAAAGCGUGAGGCUGAAGCUAGGCUAAAGGAACUAGAACUUGAGAAGGAUAAGCCUUUUGCACGGACAAGAGAUGAUCCUGAACUUGAUAAAAUGCUGAAGGAGAGAUUAAGGUGGGGUGAUCCUAUGGCACAUCUGGUAAAGAAAAAAAAUUGGGAGCCUGUUCUUCCAGACUUUGGGGAAAGUGAGAAGAUGAAGGAAUCGGGUUUCGUUAUCCCUCAGGAUAUUCCAAAUCACAGCUGGUUAAAAAGAGGUUUAGAUGCUACUCCAAAUCGGUAUGGAAUAAGGCCGGGACGGCACUGGGAUGGUGUUGAUCGUAGUAAUGGAUUUGAAAAGCAACUGUUCAAGAGAACAAAUGAGAGGCAAGCUAGAGAUAAAGAAGCUUAUCUUUGGUCUGUGUCUGAUAUGUGAAAACUGACAUCAUAACGAUAUAAAGGAUGCAGUAGCGAAAGCAUUCACAGUCAGAUUGGGAGGCAUAUUGUAUUGAUGUGGCAUUUAAGGGAUUUAACGUUGAUAUGAUCCCACAAUUGCACCAUGGGAAAGACUAUUGGUUCCCAUCACUCUAGGGAGCACUCUUUAUUGGGAAAAUUUAUAUGCUCUACCGAUCCUCAGCGUGUUACCUAUUCAGAUCCUGCCAGAAAAAUGACACAGCCUCAGUUUCAUGUCGAAGUCAACACAUGGGAAAAUCUCAAAUUGCAUUGAUUAGCCACAACUUCGUUUGUGAUAUUAACGACUUGAAUUUAAUUCAGAUUCAAAAUUUUAAAUAUAUACCUUAUAUUAAAUGUUUGUGUUACUUGGUAAACACAAAUCAGAAGAGAGGUUCCCUUAGUGCCAGAGUGAAUUGAAGUCAAUAUCAUCGCUCUCAACUCGUUUCAUAAAAAAAAACUCGUUUUUU